AUGGGACACCUGUGGCUUUGGGGGACCUGCGGCCUCUGGGGGCUGCUCCUGAGCAUCGCAGAGCCCCACACAGAUGGCUCUAAAAUAAUUCCCAAAAUCACAGAAAUAAUACCUAAAUAUGGCAGCAUAAAUGGAGCAACAAGGCUGACUAUCAAAGGAGAAGGUUUUGCUCAAGCAAACCAGUUUGACUAUGGAGUUGACAAUGCUGAAUUGGGAAACAGAGUACAAUUAAUUUCUUCUUUCCGAUCAAUUUCUUGUGAUGUAGAAAAAGAUUCAAGUCAUUCAACCCAUAUUACAUGUUAUACUAGAGCAAUGCCAGAAGAUUCCUACACUGUUAGAGUCAGUGUGGAUGGGCUUCCUGUUACAGAAAAUAAUACCUGCAAAGGUCACGUCAGCAGCCAGGCCUGCAUCUUCAGUGCAAAAAGUUUCAGAACCCCAACAAUAAGAAGCAUCACGCCUUUAUCUGGAACUCCAGGUACACUAAUAACAAUCCGAGGCAGAAUCUUCACUGAUGUCUAUGGAAGUAAUACGGCACUAAGCUCAAAUGGGAAAAAUGUGAGGAUUUUGAGAGUUUAUAUUGGAGGAAUGCCCUGUGAACUUCUCAUAUCACAAUCUGAUAAUUUGUAUGGUCUAAAACUAGAUCACCCAAAUGGAGACAUGGGUUCUAUGGUUUGUAAGACGAGUGGAACUUACAUUGGUCAUCACAAUGUCAGCUUCAUCUUGGAUAGUGAUUAUGGAAGGAGUUUACCAGAAAAAAUGGCAUAUUUUGUUUCUUCUCUCAAUAAAAUUUCAAUGUUUCAAACAUAUGCAGAGAUCACUAGGAUUUCACCUUCACAAGGGAGCACUCAAGGCGGCACCUUGCUAACGAUCAGUGGACGGUUCUUUGAUCAGACAGAUUUCCCAGUCCGAGUUUUAGUUGGAGGUGAAGCCUGUCAUAUUUUGAAUGUCACAGAAAAUAGCAUAUGUUGCAAGACACCCCCUAAACCUGAUAUUCUCAGAACAAUAUAUCCAGGAGGGAGAGGUCUAAAGCUUGAGGUGUGGAAUAAUAGCCGGCCAGUACGUCUUGAAGAGAUUCUCGAAUACAGUGAAAAAACUCCAGGGUACAUGGGUGCCAGCUGGGCAGAUUCAGCUUCCUAUGUUUGGCCCAUGGAACAAGACACAUUUGUUGCACGUUUCAGUGGGUUUUUGGUGGCUCCAGAAUCUGACGUUUAUAGAUUCUACAUCAAAGGUGAUGACCGUUACGCUAUUUAUUUCAGCCAGACUGGACUUCCAGAAGAUAAGGUGAGGAUUGCCUAUCAUUCUUCCAAUGCCAACAAUUAUUUUUCCAGCCCAACACAGAGGUCAGAUGAUAUUCAUCUUCAAGAAGGAAAAGAAUAUUACAUUGAAAUCUUGCUACAAGAGUACAGACUAAGUGCUUUUGUGGAUGUUGGACUGUACCAGUAUAAAAGUGUCUACACUGAAGAACAAACAGAAGAUGCAGUGAGUGAAGAACAGGUCAUCAAAUCCCAAUCAACAGUUGUCCAGGAAGUACAGGUUAUAACAGUGGAAAACUGGGAAACAACUCAUGCAACUAAUGAAGUGCAGAAGGUCAUGGUAACCGGCCCAUGUGUGGAAGCUAAUUUAUGUUCACUUUACCAGUAUAGAUUGAUCUAUAACAUGGAAAAAACUGUCUGGCUACCUGCUGAUGCUUCUGAGUUCAUACUGCAGUCAGCCUUAAAUGAUCUCUGGUCUAUAAAACCGGACACAGUGCAAGUAAUAAGAACACAAGACCCCCGAAGCUAUGUUUACCUGAUAACCUUUAUAUCAACUAGAGGAGACUUUGAUCUGCUCAGUUAUGAAGUAUUGGAAGGGAACAAUGUCACACUGGCUAUUACAGAACAAACCAAAGGAAAACCCAGUUUGAACACCUUCACACUCAACUGGGAUGGGAUCACUUCUAGGCCUCUGACGCCGCAGUCAUCAGAAGCUGAAUUUCAGGCAGCAGUGGAAGAAAUGGUUAGCAGUAAGUGUCCACCACAAAUUGCAAAUUUUGAAGAAGGAUUUGUUGUGAAAUACUUCAGAGAUUAUGAAACUGAUUUUAACCUGGAACAUACUAAUAGAGGGCAAAAGACAGCUGAAACGGAUGCUUACUGUGGUCGUUAUUCCCUGAAAAACCCAGCUGUUCUUUUUGACUCAGCAGAUGUUAAACCAAACAGACUACCAUAUGGAGACAUUUUAUUAUUUCCUUAUAAUCAGUUAUGUUUAGCAUACAAAGGAUUCCUGGCAAAUUAUAUUGGUCUAAAAUUUCAAUACCAAGACACAAGCAAGAUUACUAGAAGCACUGAUAAACAAUUUACAUUCAAGUUUGCAUAUGGAAACAACUGGACCUACACGUGUAUAGACCUUCUGGAUCUCAUACAGACCAAAUACACUGGGACCAGUUUUUCUCUUCAGAGGAUUAGCUUGCAGAAAGCAUCAGAAUCACAGUCUUUCUAUGUGGAUAUUGUAUACAUUGGACAGACAUCUACAAUGACAACACUGGAUGUAAUGUCAAAGAGAAGACUUCCAGCAUUAGCAGAUAAAGGAAUAUUUUUAAAGGACUUUCAGGUGAAUCAAACCAAAAGUAAUGGAUCAAGAAUAGCUAACCAGUAUUCUGUCACCAUGACAUCAUAUAAUUGCAGUUAUAAUAUACCCAUGAUGGCUGUGAGCUUUGGGCAGAGAAUCACAAAUGAGACAGAGAAUGAGUCUGUUUAUAGAGGAAAUAAUUGGCCCGGGGAGUCAAAGAUUCGUAUUCAAAGAAAUCAAGCGGCGUCUCCACCUCUCAGUGGCAGCUUUGACAUUCACGCUUCUGGACAUGUUCUCACAGGUAUCCCCACUGCCGUGUCGGCCGCAGAUUUGCAGUUUGCUCUCCAGAGUCUAGAAGUGGGACAAGUCUCAGUGACCCGAGAGGGAGGCUGUGCUGGAUACUCAUGGCGCGUCAAGUGGAGAAGCACGUGUGGCAAGCAGCCUCUCCUGCAGAUCAAUGAUUCCAACGUUUUUGGAGAAAAUGCUAACAUGACAGUUACAAGGAUAAAGGAAGGUGGCUUAUUCAGACAGCGUGUACUGGGAGACCUACUUCGUACACCCAGCAAACAGCCACAGGUUGAAGUCUCUGUCAAUGAAAUUCCAGCUAAAUGUUCAGGCAACUGUGGGUUUACAUGGGAACCCACAGCUACUCCUCAAAUCCGGGCCAUAAACCCUUCCCAAGGGUCCUAUGAAGAAAGCACAAUUCUAACCAUCUCGGGUUCAGGAUUUUCUCCUAGUUCACCUGUCUCAGUCUCAGUUGGGCCAGCAGGUUGCUCUCUUCUUUCUGUGAGUGAAAAUGAGAUCAAGUGCCAGAUUCUGAACGGAAGUGCUGGACAUUUCCCAGUUGCUGUGUCCGUCGCUGAUGUUGGCCUAGCACGGAAUGCAGAGGAGAAGGGAUUCCACUUCAUUUAUCAGAGUCAGAUCUCACACAUCUUGCCUGCUUCUGGAAGCCUCGCAGGUGGUACUCUUCUGACUGUAUCUGGAUUUGGCUUUCAUGAAUAUUCAAAGGUAUUAGUCGGAAAUGAAACCUGCAAUGUAAUUGAAGGGGAUUUGAAUAAAAUAACCUGCAGAACACCAAAAAGAAUUGAGGGUACAGUUGAUAUUUCAGUUAUUACCAAUGGAGUUCAAGCCACAGCAAAAAAUGCUUAUAGUUAUAAUUGUUUACAGACUCCAGUUAUAACCGAUUUUAGUCCAAAAGUACGGACAAUACUGGGAGAAGAUAAUUUAAGGAUUAAGGGUUAUAACUUUGGAAAUGAACUGACACAAAACUUGGAGGUCUACGUUGGUGGUAAAUCCUGCCAGGUCCUUCACCGGAACUUCACAGAUAUUAGAUGCCUUUUGCCCAAGUUGUCUCCUGGAAAACGUGAUAUCUGUGUCGAAGUCAGAAACUGGGGUUUUGCAUCAACGAGAGACAAGUUAAGUGCUUCUAUACAGUAUAUUUUGGAAGUGACCAACAUGUUUCCACUGAAAGGCUCCUUAUAUGGUGGAACUGAAAUCACUGUAAUGGGUUUGGGAUUCAGCACGAUCCCAACUGAGAACACUGUGCUUUUAGGGUCCUUUCCUUGCAAUGUGACAUCAUCAUCAGAAACUGUCAUAAAAUGUGUUCUACAUUCAACAGGGAAUGUAUUCAGGAUUACCAACAAUGGGGAAGAUUCAGUACAUGGAUUAGGUUAUGCCUGGUCACCAUCAGUCUUAAAUGUGUCUGUGGGAGACACAGUGACAUGGCGUUGGCAAGCACAUCCGUAUCUCAGGGGAAUAGGAUACAGCGUUUUCUCUGUCUCCAGUCCUGGAAGUGUAAUUUAUGAUGGCAAAGGUUUUACCAACGGAAGAGAAAAAUCUGCAUCAGGUUCAUUUUCUUACCAGUUUACUUCACCUGGAAUCCAUUAUUAUAGCAGCGGGUAUGUUGAUGAGGCUCGCUCCAUUUUUCUCCAAGGAGUCAUUAACGUUUUACCAGCUGAAACCAGUCACAUUCCCCUGCACGUGUUUGUGGGGGGCACUGAAGCCGCAUAUGCUCAGGGCAGACCCGUGAGUUUGCACUUGGGAAGCUCUGUGUCAGGCUGCCAAGCAAGAGAACCCUUGUGUGGCCUGAACAGUACCAGGGUUGAAAAUUCAGAGAGAUUGCUCUUUGAGCUUUCAAGUUGUCUUUCACCAUCUAUAAGCCACAUUAGUCCAUCCAUCGGAACACUAAAUGAAUUGAUAACAAUUACUGGACGUGGCUUCAGUAAUCUCACAUGUGCUAAUAAGGUUAAAAUUGGUAGCUAUCCCUGUGUUGUAGAAGAAAGUAGUAACAAUUCCAUUGUGUGUCGUAUUGACCCUCAAAACUCAAUGGAUGUUGGCAUCAGGGAAAUUGUCACGGUAACUGUCUACAACCUGGGCACUGCCAUCAACACACUGUCCAGUGAAUUUGAUAGGCGGUUUGUACUUUUGCCAAACAUCGACAUGAUAUUACCAAAUGCAGGGUCAACUACAGGAAUGACCAAAGUGACCAUAAAAGGCUCUGGAUUUGCAGUUUCUUCUGCUGGUGCACAAGUCCUGAUGGGUCAUUUUCCAUGUAAAGUUCUGUCAGUGAAUUAUACAGUCAUUGAAUGUGAAACAUCUCCUGCACCCCAACAGCUUGUGAAAGUAAAUCUCCGAAUCCACGGAGUGCCUGCUCAGUGUCAGGGGAACUGCAGCUUUUCCUACCUAGAAAGCAUCACUGCAUUUGUAACAAGAAUCUUCCCAAACUCUAUCCAAGGAUCUGAAAAAGUUCUUAUUGAAGGGGAAGGUUUUGGCACUGUCUUGGAAGACAUUUCUGUUUUCACUGGAAACCAGCAGUUCAGAGCAAUCGAUGUUAAUGAAAAUAACAUCACCGUUCUCGUGACUCCCCUUCCGGCUGGACUUCAUUCUCUUAGUGUGGUGGUGGGAACAAAAGGCUUGGCUCUGGGAAACUUGACUGUCAGCAGCCCUGCAGUAGCAUCUGUCACCCCGACUUCUGGAAGCAUUGGGGGUGGAACUACUCUGAUGGUCACAGGAAAUGGCUUCUCUCCAGGCAACACCACAGUCACUGUUGGGGAUGAACCUUGUCAAAUUCUUUCUGUCAAUUCCAGUGACAUCCACUGCCGUACUCCGGCAGGGACAGCUGGAAGGGUCAGUGUGAAGAUCUCUGUGAAUGCAGUCGCGUACCCACCUCUGUCAUUUACGUAUGCCUUGGAAGAUACUCCACUUCUCAAAGGAAUUGUCCCAAGUACAGGUCCUCCUGAGACUGAAAUUCAGAUCACUGGAUCUAAUUUUGGUAUUGACAUCUUGGAAAUUUCGGUGAUGAUAAGUAACAUGCAGUGUAAUGUGACCAUGGUCAAUGAUACUGUAUUGCGAUGCGUUGUUGGAGAUCACACUGGUGGCACUUUUCCUGUUACGAUGCAUCAUAAAACAAAAGGUUUUGCCAUGUCCACAGUUGUAUUUAAGUACCCACUUACUAUUGACAAUAUUCAUCCAAGCCAAGGGAGCUUCGGUGGUGGUCAAACCUUGACUGUAACAGGCACUGGGUUUAAUCCACAAAAUUCAGUUGUGUUAGUGUGUGGCUCAAAAUGUGCAGUCGACAGACUGAAAUCUAAUCGCACAACAUUAUUAUGUGAAAUUCCUCCAAAUAAUGGGAGGGGACCCGAGCAAGCCUGUGAAGUGAGUGUGGUCAACGGGAAGGAUUCCUCUCAGUCCACGGCUCCUUUUAGAUACAACAUGUCAAUGACACCGUUCAUCACCAAAAUAGCUCCCGAGAGAGGCAGUACGGCAGGGGGCACCAGACUCACAGUCUUGGGAUCAGGCUUCAGUGAAAAUGUAGAGGAUGUUCUUGUUACCGUAGCCGAAGCCAUGUGUAAUGUUGACUAUUCCAACAAGACGUGUAUCAUCUGCAUGACAAAUGCCCACACUCCUUCAGGGUGGGCUCCAGUCCAUGUCAGCCUCAGAAGCACCGGCCUGGCCAAACGGGCUAAUGCUGACUUCCUGUACGUGGACACUUGGUCCUCCAACUCCUCAUGGGGAGGAAAAUCUCCUCCAGAGGAAGGCUCCCUAGUUGUUAUUACAAAAGGACAGAUAAUUUUGCUGGAUCAAAAUACCCCCAUCCUGAAAAUGUUGCUUAUUCAAGGUGGAACUCUAAUAUUUCAUGAAGCUGACAUUGAACUCCAGGCAGAAAAUAUUCUAAUUACAGAUGGAGGCGUUCUGCAGAUUGGGACAGAAGCAGCCCCAUUUCAACACAGGGCGGUCAUUACCUUGCACGGGCACCUGAGGUCUCCUGAACUCCCAGUAUAUGGCGCCAAAACGCUGGCUGUGAGAGAAGGAAUCCUGGAUCUGCAUGGUCUGCCUCUCCCUGUGAUCUGGACUCGUCUGGCUCAUACAGCAAAGGCAGGGGAACGGGCUUUGAUUUUACAAGAAGCGGUAACGUGGAAACCAGGAGAUAAGAUUGUAAUUGCAAGCACAGGACACAGACACAGCCAACGUGAAAAUGAAAAAAGGACCAUUGCAUCUGUAUCUGCUGAUGGCAGGAACAUAAUGCUCACUGAUCCACUGAAUUACACACACUUGGGGAUCACUGUCACCCUCCCUGAUGGAACUCUUUUUGAAGCAAGAGCAGAAAUUGGAAUUCUUACAAGAAAUAUUUUAAUAAGAGGAUCUGACAGUGUGGAGUGGAAUAGCAAAAUCCCAGCAUGUCCUGAUGGAUUUGACACAGGUGAAUUUGCUACACAGACAUGUGUCCAAGGAAAGUUUGGAGAAGAAAUAGGAAGUGACCAGUUUGGAGGCUGCAUUAUGCUUCAUGCUCCUUUACCUGGUGCUAACAUGGUAACUGGAAGGAUAGAAUAUGUGGAGAUAUUCCAUGCUGGUCAGGCAUUCCGGUUGGGACGAUAUCCAAUACAUUGGCACCUGCUUGGAGAUUUACAGUUUAAAUCUUAUGUAAAAGGCUGUGCAAUUCACCAGACCUAUAACAGGGCUAUUACUAUCCAUAACACACAUCACCUUCUGGUUGAGAGGAAUAUUAUAUAUGACAUCAGGGGAGGAGCAUUUUUUAUAGAAGAUGGCAUUGAACACGGCAAUAUCCUGCAAUAUAACUUGGCAGUAUUUGUACGUCAGAGUACUAGUCUUCUGAAUGACGAUGUGACUCCAGCUGCAUUUUGGGUAACCAAUCCAAACAACACCAUACGACACAAUGCGGCUGCUGGUGGCACUCACUUUGGCUUCUGGUACCGAAUGAACAACCACCCUGAUGGGCCAUCCUAUGACCGAAACAUUUGCCAAAAAAGAGUCCCUCUUGGAGAAUUCUUUAACAACACUGUUCAUUCUCAAGGUUGGUUUGGAUUGUGGAUCUUUGAAGAAUAUUUCCCCAUGCAGACAGGAUCAUGUACUUCUUCGGUGCCACUGCCUGCAGUAUUUCAUUCACUCACAACUUGGAAUUGUCAAAAAGGAGCCGAAUGGGUCAACGGAGGUGCCCUUCAGUUCCAUAACUUUGUAAUGGUAAAUAAUUACGAGGCUGGAAUUGAAACAAAGAGGAUCCUGGCUCCUUACGUUGGAGGAUGGGGUGAAACCAAUGGAGCAGUGGUUAAAAAUGCCAAAAUAGUUGGUCAUCUUGAUGAACUGGGGAUGGGGUCUGCAUUUUGCACGACAAAAGGCCUGGUUCUCCCAUUUAGUGAAGGACUGACUGUGUCUUCCGUACACUUCAUGAACUUUGACCGUCCCACCUGUGCAGCUUUGGGAGUGACAUCCAUCACAGGCAUUUGUAACCACAGAUGUGGAGGGUGGAGUGCAAAAUUUGCUGGCAUCCAGUAUUCUCACACGCCGAACAAGGCUGGCUUUCGAUGGGAACAUGAAGUGGUACUGAUUGAUGUUGAUGGUUCACUUACAGGUCACAAAGGACACACCGUCAUCCCACACAGCCCCCUGCUGGACCCUUCUCACUGCACUCAAGAAGCCGAGUGGAGCAUAGGGUUCCCCGGGUCUGUCUGUGACGCCUCGGUCAGCUUCCACCGGCUAGCAUUCAACAAGCCUUCUCCAGUGUCCCUGCUUGAAAAGGAUGUGGUUCUCUCAGACUCCUUUGGCACAAGCAUUGUUCCCUUUCAGAAGAAACGACUGACUCAUAUGUCUGGCUGGAUGGCUCUGAUUCCAAAUGCAAAACACAUUAACUGGUAUUUUAAAGGUGUAGAUCACAUAACCAACAUAUCGUAUACAUCAACAUUCUAUGGAUUUAAGGAAGAAGACUAUGUAAUCAUAUCUCAUAACUUCACUCAAAAUCCUGAUAUGUUUAAUAUCAUUGAUAUGAGGAAUGGCUCUUCAAAUCCAUUGAAUUGGAACACUAGCAAGAAUGGAGACUGGCACCUUGAAGCAAACACUAGUACUCUGUAUUACCUGGUGUCAGGAAAAAAUGACCUGCAUCAGAGCCAGUCCAUUUCUGGGACCCUGGAUCCUGAUGUGAAGGAUGUUAUUAUUAAUUUCCAAGCUUAUUGCUGUGUUCUCCAGGAUUGCUUUCCUGUGCAUCCUCCAUCAAGAAAACCAAUUCCCAGGAAGCGACCAGCCACAUAUAACUUAUGGUCGAAUAAUUCUUUUUGGCAAUCAUCUCGAGAAAAUAAUUAUACCAUACCUUACCCAGGAGCAAAUGUUGUUAUUCCUGAAGGAACAUGGAUUGUGGCAGACACAGAGAUUCCACCAAUGGAAAGGCUUGUGAUUUGGGGGGUUCUAGAAUUGGAAGAUAAACAUAAUGUAGGAGCUGCAGGGUCUUCUUACAGAAAAGUUGUUCUGAAUGCUACCUACAUAUCACUGCAGGGAGGUAGAUUAAUCGGUGGCUGGGAAGACAACCCUUUCAAAGGGGAAUUACAGAUUGUUCUGAGAGGGAAUCAUUCUACUCCAGAGUGGACUCUUCCAGAAGGACCAAAUCAAGGAUCCAAGGUCUUAGGGGUGUUUGGUGAACUGGACCUUCAUGGAAUUCCACAUUCGAUAUAUAAAACUAAGCUCUCAGAAACUGCAGCGGCAGGUUCCAAAGUCCUCUCUCUGAUGGAUGCUGUGGAUUGGCAGGAGGGUGAGGAGAUUGUCAUAACAACCACAAGCUAUGAUUUCCACCAGACGGAAACUAGAAGCAUCGUUAAAGUCCUGCAUGAUCACAAAAUUCUCAUUCUCAAUGAUACCCUUUCCUACACCCACUUUGCUGAAAGAUACCGUGUUCCUGGAACUAGUCAGAGCUACACAUUAGCUGCCGACGUUGGGAUACUGAGCAGGAACAUCAAAAUACUUGGUGAGGAUUAUCCAGGUUGGUUGAAGGAAUCUUUUGGUGCACACGUCCUAGUCAGUUCCUUCACUGAAAAUAUGGUGACUUUUAAAGGAAAUGCAAGAAUAAGUAAUGUGGAAUUUUAUCACAGUGGUCAAGAAGGCUUCAGAGAUAGCACAGACCCAAGAUAUGCUGUAACAUUUCUUAACCUCGGACAGAUUCAAGAACGUGGCUCAUCUUAUGUUCGAGGCUGUGCUUUUCACAAUGCCUUUUCCCCUGCAAUUGGUGUAUUUGGGACAGAUGGAUUGGACAUAGAUGAUAAUGUCAUUCACUUUACAGUGGGGGAAGGCAUAAGAAUAUGGGGGGAUGCCAACAGAGUCCGAGGAAACUUGGUUACUCUUUCAGUUUGGCCAGGAACCUAUCAGAACAGAAAAGAUCUGAGUUCCACUCUCUGGCAUGCCGCAAUUGAGAUAAAUAGAGGGACCAAUACAGUCUUACAAAAUAAUGUAGUGGCUGGAUUUGGAAGGGCUGGAUACCGCAUCGAUGGUGAACUUUGCUCAAGUCAGUCUAAUUCUCUGGAAAAGUGGUUUGACAAUGAAGCCCAUGGAGGUUUAUUUGGUAUCUAUAUGAACCAAGAUGGCCUUCCUGGAUGUUCACUUAUACAGGGAUUUACCAUUUGGUCAUGCUGGGAUUACGGAAUUUAUUUUCAGACCCCGGAGAGUGUGCAUAUCUACAACGUGACCCUCAUUGACAAUGGAAUGGCCAUUUUUUCAAUGAUUUACAUGCCAUCUGCUGUAUCUCACAAGAUUUCCAGCAAAAGGGUGCAAAUUAAGAACUCCCUAAUUGUUGGAAGUAGCCCUGAAUUUAAUUGCUCUGAUGUCCUAACUAAUGAUGAUCCCAAUAUUGAGCUUUCUGCUGCCCAUCGAAGUUCUAGACCUCCAUCAGCACACAACAUGGCGCCUCGGAAACCCCAUGCAGGGAUCAUGAGUUAUAACUCCAUCAGUGGUCUUUUGGACAUCUCAGGUACAACAUUCGUUGGAUUUAAAAAUGUUUGUUCAGGUGAAACUAAUGUAAUAUUCAUUACUAACCCUUUAAAUGAGGAUUUACAGCAUCCAAUCCACGUGAAGAACAUACAGCUGGUUGACACUACUGAACAAUCAAAAAUAUUUAUCCAUAGGCCUGAUUUAAGUAAGGUGAAUCCAUCAGAUUGUGUAGAUAUGGUUUGUGAUGCCAAAAGGAAAUCUUUACUUAAAGAUAUGGAUGGCUCCUUCCUGGGGAAUUCUGGUUCAGUGAUACCUGAAGCAGAAUAUGAAUGGAAUGGAAAUAGCCAGUUUGGAAUUGGAGAUUAUAGAAUUCCUAAGGUGAUGCUCACAUUCCCAAAUGGAAGUAGAAUUCCUGUCACUGAAAAAGCACCUUAUAAAGGAAUCAUUAGAGAUUCAACCUGUAAAUACAUUCCAGAAUGGCAGGGCUAUCGGUGCUUUGGGAUGGAAUAUGCAAUGAUGGUUAUCGAAAGCCUGGAUUCUGACACAGAAACUCGAAGACUCUCCCCGGUGGCUAUAGUGAGCAAUGGUUAUGUUGAUCUCAUUAAUGGCCCACAGGAUCAUGGCUGGUGUGCUGGGUACACAUGUCAGAGAAGACUGUCCCUGUUUCACAGUAUCGUGGCUCUGGGCAAAUCUUACGAGGUCUACUUCACGGGCACCAGUCCUCAGAAUCUUCGACUGAUGUUGCUUAAUGUUGACCAUGACAAGGCUGUUCUGGUAGGAAUUUUUUUCCCCACACGUCAGCGUUUGGAUGUCUAUGUGAACAAUGCACUUGUCUGCCCCCAAGAUACAGUGUGGAACUCCCAACAGAAACAUUGUGAACUUACUAGACAACUGUAUACAGAGCAAUUACUUCCUAACCUGAAUUCCACUGUCCUUGGUGAAAACUACUUUGAUAGAACCUACCAGAUGCUUUACCUUUUGGUUAAAGGAACUAUACCAGUUGAAGUUCAUACCACUGCAGUCAUAUUUGUCUCUUUCCAAUUACCUGCUGUAACAGAGGAUGACUUUUAUAGCUCUCAUAAUCUGGUUAGAAAUCUUGCCUUGUUCCUAAAGAUACCAAGUGACAAAAUCCGUGUCAGCAAAGUAAUACGAGGGGAGAGCCCACGGAGGAAGAGAUCCAUGGAGCGCACGAUUGAACUGGAGAUUGGUGAUCCUCCCCCUCGGUUUGUAACCAAUGACACCGCAGGUCAGAUGCAGUUAUCUGAACUCCAAGAAAUUGCUGGUUCUCUUGGACAAGCUGUAAUUUUAGGAAAAACCAAUAGUAUCCUCGGAUUUAAUGUCUCUUCCAUGUCUAUUACCGAUCCUAUCCCCAGUCCCAGUGAUUCUGGCUGGGCUAAGGUGACUGCCCAGCCGGUUGGGAGGUUUUCAUUUCCUGUCCAUCAUGUGGCCCUCGUGUCUUCGCUCUCAGUGGUCACUCAACCAGUGGCAGCACAGCUGGGACAGCCAUUUUCUCAACAGCCGUCGGUAAAGGCAGAAGAUUCUGACGGUAAUUGUGUAUCAGUUGGGAUUACUGCACUGGCUUUGAAGGCCAUACUAAAGGACUCCAAUAAUAACCAAAUCAGUGGACUUAGUGGAAACACAACAAUUCCAUUUAGCAGCUGUUGGGCCAACUACACAGAUCUUACUCUUCUUAGAACAGGAAAAAAUUUUAAGAUUGAAUUUAUCCUGGAUGAGUCUGCUCGGGUGGAGUCCAGGCCUCUCAGCCUGGCCCCGCAGUCUGUCUCCAGCCCAGGCAGCAGCAGCGGCGGCAGCAGCAACAGCAAAGCAUCCACUGUGGGCACAGCUGCCCAGAGAGUGACUACAGUGAUACGCUGUCUGGUGGCAAGAGUGCUGCUCCUGGAAGUAUUUGUGACUGCAGUUGUGACAUUGAACGUACUCUAG